AUGACAGUUGAACCAUAUUCUUACUUAUUUUCUGCUAAAGUUGCUUCUUUCCAACCUAUGCUUGUUGGAGGUAAAGGUAACUACAUUGCUGUUGAAGAUCCACAAACUCAUGAAAGACGCGACGUUUUUGAUGCACUUGGUGGAGCCGCUAUUUGUGCAUUGGGUCACGGCGAUCAAGACAUAACUAGGAGAAAUGGCCAAGGCUGCAAAGGAAUGUACAUACACUUUCCCAGCUUCCAUUACUAA